AGCCUCCGUUCUCCUCCUCCUCCUCCUCUCACCCUCCUCCUCCUCCUUCUCUUUCCCCUCUCCUCUGCUCCUCUUCUCCUCCCGGCCCCCCUCCCAGCUCCCGCCGUGGGGUCUCAGCUCUCAGUCUCCCUCCCCCCCUCCCUCGCUCCCUACCUCCCCCGGGCGCUGCUGGGAGCCUCCGGGCUGCUGCGCCGGAGGAGGAUGUCCCGCAGGGAGUCUCCGCCGCCGCCCUCGCCCCCUCCUCAGCUGGUGGGCGUGCAGUGUGAGGACCGGCCGGAGCGCGCGGAGCCGCUGUCUGACGCCGAGAGGGAGAUCAUCCAGGACACGUGGGGGCAAGUCUACAAGAACUGCGACGACGUGGGGGUGUCUGUGCUGAUCAGGUUCUUCGUCAACUUCCCAUCAGCCAAACAGUAUUUCAGUCAGUUUCAGGACAUGGAUGAUCCUGAGGAGAUGGAGCGGAGCAGCCAGCUUCGGCACCACGCCCGCAGGGUGAUGAACGCCCUCAACACUGUGGUGGAGAACCUCCACGACCCGGAGAAGGUGUCGUCGGUGCUGGCCCUGGUGGGAAAGGCCCAUGCCAUCAAGCACAAAGUGGAGCCCAUGUACUUCAAGAUCCUGAGCGGCGUGAUGCUGGAGGUGUUGUCCGAAGAUUUCCCAGAAUUCUUCCCGGCGGAGGUGCAGAUGGUGUGGACCAAACUGAUGGGGGCGUUGUACUGGCACGUGACGGGGGCCUACACAGAGGUGGGCUGGCUCCAGGUCUCCAGCUCGGCGGUGUGAAGGACGGGGAAGAGGA